CAUUAAAAUCCUCUGCUCCCGUUAGGGUUCUCAUCGUUCAACUCCCAUUUUCUCUCUCCCUCUCUAUGUUUCUCUCUCUACUUCCCAUCUUUCGAUACUCCCAAUUCGAUUUUUUCAAAUUCCGAUUCACUUCUUGUUUUCAAUUUCCUAGUUUCGAUCCAAUUUUCAGCUCCUUUUGUUCAUGUAAGAAUGCCUGCCUCUGAUUUUCAGGGUUCUUCGUCGCCGUUAGCCAACAUUGGCCGUUCCAUCUUCAGUAUCCGGCGUGAUCAAGUUCAUUCCAUAGAGAACGGCUCCCACGACGGCGUUUCCAUGGAUUCCGACCUCGAUUCAUUCCAGAAGCAGGUCACUCAACGGUUCCAGGACUUGUCGUCGGCUUCUGCCGAUGAGAUUUUGUCUCUCUCGUGGAUUAGGAAGCUUUUGGAUGCUUUCAUUUGCUGCCAGGAGGAGUUCAAGGUCAUUUUGUUUGAGCAUAAGGCGGAAAUUUGUAGACCGCCCAUGGAUAGGCUGGUUUCGGAUUACUUGGAGAGGAGCGUGAAGGCGCUUGAUGUUUGUAAUGCGAUUAGAGAUGGGAUUGAGCAGCUGAGGCAGUGGCAUAAAUCGUUGGAGAUUGUACUUAGUGCUUUGGAUAAUUGUAGUCACAAGAAGAAUCUUGGUGAGGGCCAAUUUCGCCGAGCGAAGAAGGCUCUGAUAGAUUUGGCGAUUGCAAUGCUCGAUGAAAACGAUGCCAAUUCCACGGCCAUUUCUCAGAGAAACCGUUCUUUUGGACGCAACAAUGGUACCAGAGACCGCAGGUCUUUAGGACAUUUCCGUUCGCUUUCAUGGAGUGUUUCGCGUUCCUGGUCGGCAGCUAGGCAGCUUCAGGCAAUUGGGAGCAAUUUGGUUGCUCCGAGGGCGAAUGAGCCUGUGCGUAGCCUUGCGAUCCCUGUUUUUACGAUGAACAUGAUAUUGCUCUUUGUAAUGUGGACUCUGGUGGCGGCGAUUCCCUGUCAGGACCGCGGCUUACCACAUUUUUCGCUGCCCCGGCAAUUCGCAUGGGCGGCUCCAAUGAUUUCUCUUCACGAUCGGAUUUUGGAAGAAUCGAGAAAGCGGGAAAGAAGAAAUGCUUGUGGGCUGUUGAAGGAGAUUCAUCAGAUCGAUAAAUUUGCGCAUAUUAUGAAUGAAUUGGCGGAUACAGGUCACUUCCCGUUGACGAAUGAUAGGGAAGAAGAGGUGAGGGAAAGGGUGCAGGAGCUAUCUCAGAUUUGUGAAGCAUUGAAGAUUGGCUUGGAUCCUCUGGAACGGCAGAUUAGAGAGAUGUUCCAUCGAAUUGUUCGCUCAAGAACGGAGGGGCUUGAUUGUUUAGGACGAGGAAAUAACCCUGAAUAAAGAUGCUCAGAUUAUUGCAGAUUACAGAACAUCUUCAAAGUUGGCUUCCAGCAUUGUGUAAUGUUAUGGACAACGGACGAGUAUAAUAAACAAAAGGGGAAUUUGCUCAAAAUUGUAUGCUGGAGUACCCUGCUUCUGCGAAACUGACAUUCGGGAGGACACACACGCGUGCACACACACACCGUGUCUCUCUCCCUCGUCUCCCUCGCAUUACAAUUCUUUAAAAAAGCAUCGAUCGUUUAACUUUCAGUUAUUUAAUUCUUGGAAUGAGGAAGUAUGUGGCAUUGACUCAUGGUUGUGUGAGGAAGGAUAAAGGGGAAUAUGAGAUAUACUUCAGUCGCCGGAUCCAUGCCAUGUGAAAACUAGAAGAAUAUUUAUGUGCCAGAAGAAGAGAGCGCCUGAGCAUAAGUCGAAUCUGAUGCCUUGCUGCUCGAAAAUUCUUUAUUCUUUACGACCAAUGAAUGGAAUUUUCCGAUGGCCGUUUGUGACGCAAUCCUGUAGAGCUUACCAACCGUUCGGAAGUUCCAAGUGGUGCUAUUAUCAGCAACUGGCCCUUUAUAUUAUUAUUAUGAUCGAAUUUACAUUUUGGGUGUCUUGCGAAAAGCUUUUAUUUCUUCAGCAUUUUUAACCUCUCAUAUUUUUCUCUCGUUUUUUACUUUUUACCAAGCUAAACACAACAAUUACAAGGGAUGCGACAAGAGCUGACCCUGCAACGAUGAUUGGAAUACGCAUUUUAAACUGUUUUUUCUCUUGCUUUGCCUCCUUGCUCGAAUCUUGAUGUGUCACCUUCU